GCCAGAUUGCCUAUGGAAUCUGAACCAAAUAAUCCCCGCUGAACCAACAUAGUGCUAGGUGCUGAUUAUAUCAUUCAGUUUACAUAUGCGAGGUAUUAGUGGGUUGGCUGGGUGGGGGUGGCUCUUCGUCGUCAGUCUCACCCUUAACAUUUACCAAGCAUACAGAUCGUGUUUUACUAUUUUCAUCUCAGCCCGAAGGACUUUUUACAGUCUCUGCAGACGCAAUCGCUCUCCUUUUGUUCCCAGGGCUACUGGAAACCCCUACCACGCUCAUCGGACACUCUUAAACGGCAAUGAGAAGAAAAAAAUUAUAAAGGCCUGGCUAAUUCGUGAUGAUUCAACGAACGCUUCCCGUGGCCAUCAUAUCUGCGGGCGAUAUUUAUUACAAACACCUUCUUCUUUUAGUUCAUGGAUCUUCAGAUCUGGCCGUACGUCAUCAUAGCUAUCGCCGGUAUAGCCCUAACUACAGUCUUGUGGUCUUACGCACCCACAAUCGCGCCCUCCUUUGGAUACAACAGACUUGAACCAACGCGAUGGUGUCUAUCUGGAAGCGGAUAUCACUAAGCCUGAUUAUAGUGGCCAGUUUGUUACGGGCAAAACUGGUCGGCGGGGUUCAGUAGUGUCUUUGGCAUCUUUUGCCAAUUGGCCGUUUCACUAGCCUUUCAGCUUCUUCCAAAUCACUCGGACACCGGGCGAGAGUUUGCUAUGCUAACGCUGGAAUGGACAACAUGCAGCUAGUGGCGUUAGUCAAACCUCUGGAACUGAUCUUUGGGGAUCAAACCCUGAUUCACUGUUUCCACAUUCUGUUACGACUCAUGGAUGUCUGUAAACGCAAUAUCAUCGGAAGAUCUAUCAAUUCGAAUGGCAAGUUAUUCUUCUGUGUUAUAACUGAAUAAUGAUUAGAUCUCAACAAACGAUGUUUUUCAAGUGCGGGAAUUGUAGAGGAUAAGCUAUUUCGCUCUGACAACCGUCCGUUCUCUAAUCGCGGCUGGAGUAUCAUUGUCGCUUCUCUUUCUCUGACUCUAGCAUCUUCGAUAAUCUAGCUGAUCAUAUACACUAUAUCAAACCGAAGAAUGACAAAACCGAACUCUAACAGUGAGGUGAGAAAUAGAGCUUGUCGAUCGCGAGUCUACAACCUUUGAAUGUUUCGCCGCAGCAAGGAUAGAUUAGAAAGAGUCAGAAUCAGGACAGCGAACUCAGGAGAGAUCGACGAUCGUGCUUGAGCGCGGUUGACAAAAAGUAGAAUUUAAUUACCUGAAGCUGUGACUUCAUCACUAUGUACAUGUAGCGUUUGACCC